AUGUUUCGUCUGUGCUUCUCACUUUCCCUGUGUUUGGUUUGGCUUGGACCGCUCUGUCUCUCAGAGGCAGCGGAAAACCAAGCUGAAUCAAGGGAAAAAAGGAGCGUGCCUAACUGGGCGCUGUCAUCUUCAGACUUUUUCGCCUGGAUUGAAGAGCUACGUUCUCACGCUGGCUAUGACAAGAUUGAGGAAUUGGCCAGAACCUACUGGGCUCACUUCCCUUCCGCCAGCCGCCUGGGUUACGACCCUCCCGCUCCAGAAGAAUAA